GGCCGGGCGGGAGCGAAGCCUCUGGCCGCGGGCGGGGCUCCUCUCCGGCGGGCGGGCGCCGGAGUCUGGGGGCCGCGCUUCCCCCUCCCGGUCCGCGGAGGCGCCUGGCCCCUCCUCCCCCUGCCGCCCCCACCCCCGCCGCCGCUGUCAAAGAUAAACCGGGCCGUUGCUUGCAGGAGCAGCGGCAGCCGGCGAUCGGGCGGUGAAGAGCCUCGGGCGCGGCCUCGCCUCCCCGGCCCGGCGCCCGCAUCAGCACCGCGGAUAGCACAGCGGCGGUCGCCAGUACCUAGGCGCCCUCCGGCCCACCAACUAGCCGGGCCCGCGGCGUCCGCAUCAGCACCGCGGACAGUGCCCCGGGCCCCGUCUCGUCGCGGUUAGCCCACCCGCUCCCCGAGUCAGCACCGCGGACAGCCCCCCUUCUCCGGCCUCCCAGCAGGCUCGGAGCGGUCGGCGCCCCUGGAACAUGGCCACUGAGCUGGGAUGCAAGCCAGGGGGAACAGCACAGGCUUUUGAAUGACUCUCUGCAUUGCAUCGGGGCGUCCUGGUGAGCAGGGUGACAUCAACACCAAGUGUCACCAUUGCAAUUCUGCUGUUGUGGCCACCACAGAACAAGAUAAUGCAACUGGAAUGCAAGACGUAUUCAAGAGACUAUGGCUCAAAAGAGGCAGGGCAAGGACUAGAGACUGAGUCUUCUGCCUCCCUGGUCCAUAAUCUGCAGGAGCUGCGGCGAAGUGCCUCAUUGGCCACCAAGGUCUUUAUCCAAAGAGACUACAGUGAUGGGACCAUCUGUCAGUUCCAGACCAAAUUCCCCCCGGAGCUGGACAGCCGGAUUGAGCGGCAGCUCUUUGAGGAGACCGUGAAGACCCUCAACAGCUUCUACGCGGAGGCGGAGAAGAUCGGGGGCAGCUCCUACCUUGAGGGCUGCCUGGCCUGUGCCACGGCCUACUUCAUCUUCCUCUGCAUGGAGACCCACUACGAGAAGGUUCUCAAGAAGAUCUCCCGCUACAUCCAGGAGCAGAACGAGAAGAUCUUUGCCCCUCGAGGCCUCCUGCUCACUGACCCCGUGGAGCGCGGGAUGCGGGUCGUAUCCUUCCUGGCUGUUCUGUGCAAGGGCCCAGAGCUGCCAACUGGUGGGUUCCUUGGUGAAGACACCCAGAAAUAGGGACCACCCUAGGGGCCUCUGCUCAGGGAUUUUCCCAGGAUUCCCCACAUCACUGGUCGUCAGCUCUCCUCCCCCACUAUAAGUUAUCAAUGCCUUUUGUGAAUUUCAGGGUUUGCUUUUACUGGGCUGCAUUUCUUCAGCGCUUAAUACAUGCCAGGUAUCAUAUUAA